AUGAAGUACUUGACUAGUGCUGUGGCGACUCUGGUCGCCACAGCCCUCGCAGCACCAACUGAGACCGGUCAGGAGGUACCCCGACAAGCCGGGUCUGCCUGUUCUUCUGCUGUUACUCUUGACGCCAGCACCAACGUCUUCAAGAAGUACACUCUUCAUCCCAACAAGUUCUACCGGGAUGAGGUCAACGCCGCUGUCGAGCAGUUGUCCGACUCCAGUUUGGCUGAUGCUGCCAAAAAGGUUGCUGAUGUCGGUUCUUUCUUAUGGAUCGAUACCAUUGCGAACAUUGCAAAGAUCGAACCUGCCGUCGCCGAUGUGCCAUGCACCAACAUCCUGGGUCUCGUCAUCUAUGAUCUCCCAGGCCGUGAUUGUGCUGCUAAGGCAUCCAACGGUGAGCUAAAGGUUGGUUACCGUGAUGGCGUUGCAUAUGCCAUCAAGAAUCUUAACCUCCCCAACGUCGUCAUGUACCUCGACGCUGGUCAUGGAGGCUGGCUUGGCUGGGACGCCAACCUGUCUCCUGGUGCAAAAGAGUUGGCCAAUGCCUACAAGAAUGGCGGUAGCCCUAAGCAGCUGCGUGGCUUUGCCACCAACACAGCUGGCUGGAACUCCUGGGAUCAGAGCCCCGGCGAGUUUGCGAGCGCUUCGGACGCCAAGUACAACAAGUGCCAGAACGAGAAGAUCUACGUUGAUACCUUCGCGCCACUGCUGAAGUCGGCCGGCAUGCCCAAUCACGCCAUCAUCGACACUGGCCGCAAUGCCGUUACUGGUCUGCGCAAGGAGUGGGGUGACUGGUGCAAUGUCAACGGUGCCGGCUUUGGUGUCCGCCCUACAGCUGACACCGGCGAUGAUCUCGCUGAUGCUUUUGUUUGGAUCAAGCCUGGUGGUGAGUCCGAUGGCACAAGUGACAGCAGUGCUACCCGCUACGACAGCUUCUGCGGAAAGGACGAUGCUUACAAGCCCGCCCCCGAGGCAGGUACCUGGAACCAGGCCUACUUCGAGAUGCUUAUCAAGAAUGCUAAGCCCUCUUUCUAA